UCAAAAAUGGGAUUAGCUCAGUCCCACUCGCGGACGCCCUCUCGUGAUCCACUUCCAAAUGACCAUCAAGUAAUGGAUGUGUAUGAAGAGUCUGGUCCAAGACGGGGAAGAAAACGAAAAGCGGCAAAAGGAAGUGAGAUUGAGAUGAAGAAAGUGGCAAAACUGAACACAUGUGCAUAUGUAUAUCAGAAAUUGUUUUUACAGGGAGAAAAUUCGGACAUUGUCCUGGCUGCGUGUGGCAGGGAAUGGAGGGUUCACAAGCUUUAUCUAAAGCAGACCAAAUUUUUUGAAUCAAUGUUCGAUGGUUUAUGGACAGAGUCGAAUAGUGGAAGAGUUCAGAUGGAAAUAACAGAUCCGAAUAUUGACGCAGAUGGUCUAAACUCGGUGCUCGGAAGUCUAUAUCACAAUGAGAUUGAGAUAGAUUUGGAUAAAAUCGAGGGAACUGUGGCAGCGGCUUCAUAUAUUGUACUUGAUAGUGUCACAGAUAGAUGUUCAGAAAUGAUGAUUGAAGCAUUAAGCACAAAGAAUGCAGUUCGAUUCUACGAUGUUUCAACUAAAUAUGGUCUGGAGAAGGUUCGAGAGAAAUCGAUGGAAGUAUUGUUACACCAAUUUUGGAAAAUAAUGACUGAUAGGGAGAAGCUCAAUGAAGUUGAUCGACAGCUUUUUGUGACGCUUCUCAAUUCACCCAAUCUUUUGAUAAUUGAAGGCGAAUUUGAUCUUUAUAAAGUUGUUAAAUCUUGGAUCUACAUGCGAGAAGUGCCCGAUUGCUGCAAGGAUGACAGUCCAGAGACUUUCACUCAAAAUGCUUCCAAAUUUUUCAAAGAAUCGAAAACUUCAAUGUUCAUAAAAUAUGCGGAUAUCUUUGCCAGUCUACGAAUAGAACAGUUUUUGACAUGUUCUGAAACUAUAAAAACAGUCAAAUCAGAUGCAUUAAUUCCGUUGUCAAUUGUUGAUGAAAUGACGUCAGCACUUUGGUCAUCACUUUUAGAAAAUGAAGAAAGUCCAAAAACACUUGAAAUGGAUGAUGAUGAGUUUUUUAAACGAUGUAUUAGGCUUGGUAGAUCAUUGGAUUCAUUCCCGAAAUGCUGGCGAUGGAUAGGAUUCAAUUUCGGAGUUGAUCUACUUCUUCAUGUAAACGACUAUUCUGUAUGUAUAAAACGAAAUUGUCUCAACCAAAAAGCUCCGUAUUCGGUGAACUUAAAGUCUAAACAUGUUCUACAUUACCGACUGGUCAUUUGCGACUCAAAUGGUCAAAUCCUCUAUGACAGUGGAAAAACCACGUGGGAAAUGAAGCCAGAUGAAGCUAGAACAAUCUAUCGAAUGAGUGAAGACUUGGCAACUCAGAUAUCAGUUCACUUUCAGUAUCUGAUUCAUCAACCGAUUUGUAGUACAGGUCAUUAUGUGAACAAGUAUCUAGAUGAUCAGAAUUCUACUGAUGAUGAAGACGAUGAGGAAGAAGAAGAUGAUGAUGGAGAUGACGAAGAAGACAGCUCGUAGUUUUCAAUUAUCGGAGGACUGACGGUUCGGACGAUUUCAAACUUAUAGACCCAAAAUGUGCUCAAAUGAAAGAAUUUCGUAAUGAAACUUCUCAAAAAUUUUUCAAAGAUUUUUUUAUGGCGGUUAAAAAAUUAAAAAAAUAUUACACUGAAUUUAGCUAAAAUCCCGAAUUUUGGCCACUUUUCCGUAUCAUAUCUGUCCGAAGUUUACUUUUUCGGAAUUAUCAUCCUUUAUUGCAUAUUUUGGUACUUUAUCUUAUUUAAUUUCGUUUAUUAAAGUACAUUUAAAGGCGAUAGGUAACCAAAAAUCAUCGAAAUUGGCUAACUAUCGGCUUAAAUGUACUACCAAAAAAUGCAAUAAAGGAUGAUAAUUCCAAAAAAGUCAACUUCGGACAGAUGUAACACAGAAAAGUAGCCGAAAUUCGAGAUUUUAGUUAAAAUCAGUGUAAUUUUUUCGAAAUUUUGAACCACCAUAAAAAUUUUUUGAAACAUUUUUGAGAAGUUUCAUUACGAAAUUUGUCCAUUUCAGCCCAUUUUGGGUGUAUACGUUCAAAACCGUCCGAACCGUUAGUCCUCCUAUAAAUGUUUUUUCUUGUGCAUUAUGUAUUAGAACCCAACUUGUACAUCUAUGAACAUGUAAUAUAUAUCUAUGCAACAUAAUAAUAAUAAAAACAAUUGCAUCUAUAUCA